AUGGCGCCUGUGCCUUGUUUCCGGGGACAUUCUACGGCGCAUGCACAAAUCACCGGUACUGUUGUUGCUCCGCCGCGGUUGCCUGGCCAGCCAUUGAAUGUCAGUACUCUGCUUCUCUCCACAGCUCAGAGCGAGUCGCUGCCAGACUGGGAGAAGAAGGUGACAGGGUAUUUCCAGGAGAAGCUACGAGAUAAUCACAGCAGCUGGGUCCCCAGCCUGAACGAUGUUCCCCUGCAUUACCUGAAGCCCGGCAGCUUGGUGAGGUUCCGCUGCAUGGUGCAGGACAUGUUUGAUCCAGAAUUUUACAUGGGAGUGUAUGAAACGAUUGAGCUCGGGACCAAUUGCAGGACGCUGCACGUUGGGAAGUACAGGGACGUGGCAGAGUGCUCGCCGCAGCAGGAGGUGGAUGUAAAUUCCAGUAGGACGGUGACUUCUGAGCGGCAGACGUUCUACUGUGUCCCCGUGCCGGGAGAGUCUCCCUGGGUGAAGGAAAGCAGCGGGAGCCAGGCCAGAGCGUGCGCCUCCACCUCCUACAUCCCCAACCGGCAGAAACGCAGCUACGAGGAAGAUGACGACGUCUCCGGCCUUCACUCGGAACAAACCGCAGGUGGUGACCGGGAGAAGUGCAGUCUUCCUAAGCGACUGGAGACAGAGGAGCAGAUGAAUCGUCAGGAGACCACCACAAACACCCCCCUGUCUCUGGACCUCAACUUCCCUCUGCCUGGGGAGAAGGGACCGGCCUGCCUUGUGAAGGUGUACGAGAACUGGGACGCCUAUAAAGUGAAUGAUGUGCUGGAGGUGUACGGCGUCCUGUCCAUGGACUCUGUGCCGAGCGCGGUCAGCGAGGGCCGGGAUUCUAUGUCUGCGCUGCUGGACCCAGAAGACGGUAUGUAUACCGCGGAGGAGCAGCGAGCGCACAGCCCCCCCACCUCUCUGGUGCCCAGGAUACACGCCAUCAUCACGCGCAAAUUGCAGCACAUCAAUCCGCUGAUACCGGGGUCAGUCUGCCAGACAGAGGAUGGCAAGCACUCACUCGCAGGUCUCAUGUCCCAGCUGUCUUCUGUGAGGGCGGAGCUUCUGGGGUUCCUCACACACGCUCUUCUCGGGGACAGCCUAGCGGCCGAGUACCUCCUGCUCCACCUCAUCUCCACCGUAUACGCCCGACGAGAUGUUCUCCCUCUGGGGAAGUUCUCGCUGAACAUCAGCGGGUGCCCCCGAAACGGCAUCUUCACCCAACACCUGUACCGUGUGGUGCAGCAGCUGGUGCCUGCGUCUCAUUACCUUCCCAUGACCAUAGAAAACAUGAACAGUCUGUGCUUUGUGCCCCGAAAGGAUUAUGCCGCCAACCGGCUGGUGAGCGGCCUCCUCCAGCUUUCUUCUCACACCUCUCUGGUGGUGGAUGAGACUCUGCUACAGCAGGGCCAGCUGGACACCAAAGGGGUUCUCAAUGUCACGGCGCUGGGGAACGUGGUCACCUGGCAGAAGGUGGAUUAUGACUUCAGUUACCACCAGAUGGAAUUUCCCUGCAAUAUUAAUGUCCUGGUCACCUCGGAGGGGCGCUCGCUGCUUCCAUCAGAUUGUCAGGUGCACCUGAAGCCACAGAUGACCCCUCCGGAUCUGCAGCAGUAUAUGGAUGCACUGCUCUCCACCGUGCUGCCGUCUCUGCUCAACCAGUUCCGCACGUACCUGAGCGUUCUGCGACUCACAGACUACACCAUCUCGGAGGAGAUCACCAAGGCCGUGGAAGAAGACUUUGUGGACAUGCGGAAGGACGACCCGCAGAGAAUGAGCGCUGACGAUCUGCACCGGUUGCUGAUUGUCGCUCGGUUGCUGUCGCUGAGCGCCGGUGAGACGACGCUCUCCAGGGACGGGUGGGUCCGCGCCAAGCAGCUGGAAUUGCAGAGAAAGAGCCGCCUCCAGGACCAGAAAUAUCUGAACGGGAAUGAGCUGUAAUAUUGGGGGGUGAUUCCUCUCCUCCGUUCUGAGUUCUCGUUUUAGCUUUGCAGCGACAGUGACUGCUGUUCAGGCUUCUCGGGAGGUGGACCCUGCGCAGGCUGCGACCGCGGCUUACAGGAAUACUUUGUGCUGCGCAUAUUGUUCCGGAACAGUCCUUAUAUUACAGAAUUGUUCUCGCAUACAGUAUUUUCUUUCUACUUACAUUAUAUUUUGUUAUUAAAAGGUUUACAAUGUCUUAAA